AAAGUCGGACUUCCUGACUGAUUUAGCGUUUACUACCAAUCGAGGUUCAUUCCCAUGAUGGCAUCCAUAAUCAGCUACUAUCGAGGGAAUAAAGACAAAUUUGUAUGGAAGAACAUUGCCCUGCUGUUUGGUUUUCAUCCGAUUGCGCUGUUUGCCCUAUUUCGGGUUCUAAGUGGUUCUGCCAGCCUUAAUACAGUCCUUUUCAAUUUUGCUUUAGGCUUUUUAGGGUUUUUAAGCCUUACAGCUGGCGCUCAUAGGCUUUGGUCGCAUAAAGCUUAUAAAGCUCGAUGGCCUUUAAGACUUAUGUUGGUGCUGUUUAAUUUCUUGAUAUACGAGAAUCCUAUAAUUCAUUGGGCUCGAGAUCAUCGCACUCAUCACAAAUUCAGUGAAACCGACGCUGAUCCUCAUGAUUCCAGACGUGGGUUUUUCUACGCACACAUGGGCUGGGCAAUGUUGAAAAAACGCCCAGAAGUGUUGAAAAAAGGCAAAACCAUCGAUCAAUCCGAUUUGCAGAAUGAUAAAGUAUUGAAAUGGCAAGAAAAGUACUACAUGUUGUUGAUGCCUUUAGGCACGUUUAUUCUGCCUACCGUAAUUCCUGCGUAUUAUUGGCAAGAAACAUGGGCAAACGCAUACAGCGUCAAUAUUUUGCGAUAUUUAUGGGUUCUUCAUCUGCAUGGAUUGAUUAAUUCGGUUGCGCAUACUUUUGGAGAAAAACGAUUUGAUAAAAAUAUUGGACCUGGAGAUAGUGUUUUGGUAUCGGCUCUAACUCUUGGUGAAGGUCAGCACAACUAUCACCAUACGUUUCCAUGGGAUUUCCGAGGUGCAGCUACCGGAAUGUUGCGCUGGAAUUUAACGCUUUUCUUCAUAUUGGCCUGUGCGAAAAUAGGAUGGGCCUACGAAAUGAAAGCUCCUUCGGAUGAAAUUGUGAAAAAACGAGCGGCCCGAACUGGCGAAGAAACUCAUCUAUGGGGUUGGGGUGACAAAGACAUUGAAAAAGUCAUUGAAGAAUAUAAAUUUUCUACGACUGUGGAUUGAUUGAUACACUCAAACAACUGAUCUGACUGAAGAUUGAAAAAUGUGAUUAUAAGGGUGUUAAGGGCGUGCAAAUGUACAUUUUUUGGACUUGCUGAAUAUAAUUUAAAUUUGUAAAAA